AUGUCGUGGCAGCCAAAGCUUCGCCCCAAGGGCUUCCCGCAUAGCAUUGACGACUUUGCGGCUGUGACUUCAUUGUCGGAACUGGAGCAUCGGGCCCGGACUAGCGAAGACAAGCGCGAUCAGCGCGUCUUCCGAGUGAAGCGUAAACAUGUGUUGAAAGCCUGUGAUCGUUGUCGCGUGAAGAAGACCAAGUGUGAUGGGAAACAGCCUUGCAACCGCUGCUCGGUAUACAACCACCCAUGUCUAUUCCGUGAAAGAAAGGCCACUCAGACCAAAGUAUAUUCUCGAGGAUUCGUUGAAAUGCUCGAAUCUCACCAUUCACUCGUCGUAAAAGCCCUUCAGAAACUAUACAAAUUCUGCAUCAACAAUGAAGGCUUCCCAGGCGAUCCCCUCGCAGAAGCCCCAGAUGGACACCCCCUAACACACGCAAUCCUCGACCGUCUAGGUCUAAUCAAACAAGCCGAAGAAAAUGCAGACGAGCCAGACGAAGACUCGGAGGAUCUGCGCUACCUACGACUGCUAUCAACUUCCACCGAAUGCAGCGUCACAGCAGAACCUUCCCCAGAACCAACAACACCACCAGAACCAUCCCCAACUAUAUCCCGUCCACCAGUCCAGACACCCAUAUCAGUCCCCAAUCGCACAACAGCAAACUGGCAAUGGGAUCUCCAGCCCGUUCAUCAGACAAGCUACAGCUACCCAGACGCAGGGUACCACGAUCUAAUGGCGCUGCAGCAACGGUCCUCCAUGAGCGCAUCGGAUAUGGGUCCUGAUAUCCCGCCCCAUGCUGAUAUGCCUACAUCUUCCGGACUACCGCAUCAUCCCCAACAUGCGCACCACGAGCCGCCGUUCCCGUAUGUUCUGGAUGGAUGCUGUGAUCCCGGCACGCCACAGCAGGACGUGAAGCCCGUGUUGGCGAGGCUACCGUCCGGUCUCAUGGGAGAGUCUCAUACGCAUCCCCAUCAGCUUGCGGAGAAUAUUUCUGCGGAGAUGAUGGGUGAGUUCCAUUUCCAGCAGGACUCGUCGUUUUAUCCUGGGUUUACACCCGGUUGGAAUUUUCCUUCGGGGUGA